CUGAAGUUGGCCGACAUACGAACGGAAAUGAUGUUCGUUUUGCGAGACCAGAGAGAUCGUACCACUAAAGUACAACGCGAUUCGCUAGCACAGAUGAGAAAGAUGCUUAAAGAAGCCAUGGGAAGUGCACAGAAAAACCUUGAUGAUCUCGUGUCUUUGAGACAAGACGCUAUAUUUCUUCUUCCAAGUGCAUUUUAUGAAGCCAAACGGGAAGGGCGGACUGUAGAAUCACCGUCUGCAGUAUUUUCCGAAGAGGCGUUUGCUUUACGCGGAAAGAUACUACAGUUCACGCUUGGCGAUCGUUCAACGUUAGAGCUGGUUGAAAACUGUGAUCUUCUAGUAGUCUGGUAUAGACACGCUUGUAUAGUGUGGGAUAUACUCACUAAGUACGGUUACACAUCAUGCCAUUACAAAGCUCUUAAUGAAUUGCGUCUUCACAAAGAGAUAAAUGAAAUUAUGACAUCUCUUGUCAAACAAGCUGAAAUCAAGUUUCAUAACCAGGCGUCUACUGUCGUGAGGAAUCACGAAGGUCGAUUGUGGAAUGCUAGAGACGAAAAAACAGUCGAAAAGUAUGACACAGAAUGUCGUGCUGAGCUAAAUAGGUUAAAAGAAUUAAUAAAACUUGAAUCAGAACGCAACUUUAAAGACAACACUCAAGCCAAGAAAUACAAUGAAGAUUUAAAGGAAGAAUUUUGUUGCAAGUUAGGAAGUCCGGUUUCGUCUGUAUAUGAAUUUCACCUAUAUUCAUGGCAGAAACGGCUACAGUCGGCUACCGACCGUUUGAACACAGUGGCUCUUGAUCAACGCUUCAGUGAACAUCUUGAAAACGAGUUGAAACGUACUAAAUAUCAAUCUUCUUUGUCUACGUCAGAUGCAGCAAAAAUUUUUGAUGAAUCGUGGAGCCGCUAUGAGAUGAAGUACACAAAGCAUCUUGAAGAGAAAAAGACGACAAAGGUCAUCGAGCAUGAAAUUGUGACAACUUUCAUUGACGUUUUGACAAGACAUCGCCAUGAUGACGAAAUACUUGGGAUCGUGGCUUCUAGUUCUUGUUCUGUUGAAUUGUUGACAUCAACACACUUCGUCAAGAGUACCCCCAAUGAGUGGUUUGAUAGAUAUAUCGAAAUACCGUUUGGUGUGCUUGAUAUGGGUCAGAGAGUAUGGAAAGAAUUAAUAAAGAGAUUGGCAGAAGUUUCUUCAAAGUCACAUAAACGUGAUACUAAUAUUAGUCGAGAGGACGUCAAGGCUUUCGUAGUGUCUGAGAUGAGAAAAGAAGUAAACAGUCUGCGAGACAGCCUUGCAACGAAGAUUGCAGAAUCGUAUGAAAAAUCACAAGAAGGACAAUGUGACGCAGCUAUUGUUACAGAUAUUGUUCAUCAGGCUAGCGAGAUUGUUAUGAACAUGCAACCCUUUCUUACCUCGUAUAGCAAGAGACUGAAACUGCGACGAGCUCCAUUUAUUAACCAUCUCAUAGUUUACUUGCAACAAGUAGCGUGUAGGGCAGUCUGCUCUGCUGAGGAGAAACGAAUGUCUGAAGAGAAAAAGGAGCUCGAAAUGAAGAGGGUUAGGAAACGACGAACGUUCCUUACCAUGGUAAGUAAGGAAGCUGGAGAUCUAGAACGAGCAGCAACGUUUGCGGAAGAGUACAGCCAACAUCUCAAUGUUUGGGUAAAUAUUCUAGUGGACAAUUUCGCGUUAGAGGUACGUGGUCAAGUUCAUGAAGAAAUGCCGAAUCCCGAGAAGGCAGCAGAACGUGCGUAUAAUAACUCUUUUCGUCUCGGAAACUAUGACGAGGUGUUGGAGUACUGCAUCGAUGUGAACGCGUAUCUGAAGAAAUUAUUCCUGCAAAUGUUUGAAAAUCGUAAACAGGUAGCAAUAGAGAAGAAAAUGGACAAACUUAAAGACCGCGUUUCAGAAAUGUACAACGUGAUAAUAAAUGUCGCAGAACGUUGGCGACAAAGUUUUCAACCUUCUGGUCGUCUUGCUGACUUUAAAGCUUAUCUGGCAAAGUGUGCUGAAAACAAAUGUGAGAGUGCUAGUGUUCGAAACUUGCUAAUAAUUGCAUUGGAAAGAUUUCCACAAAUAACCAACUUUCCUAUUUCAAAAGUUGAAAUAUUUUAUGAACGGUUUAAGGGUAGUAUGGGUGAGCUGCUAAGAGAAGUACAAUGUAAUUAUUUGCAAGCAAAAGUCAAUUCUAGCAUGAGCGAUCAGCGUGAAAAACUUUGGAAAGAAAUAAAAGGAUGUCAAGCCAAGUGUCCACUGUGUGGUUCAAAAUGCUCACUCGUGUACGAGCACAAAGAUCAUAAAUGUGGUCAUCACAUUUUCCCCGCUUUUCAUGGAACGCGGAUACGCGAUUUGGAUUACCCAGUGUUUGACAGGUGUCUUAGCAGAGACACUGCAGAGGAAACGUGGGUUAGAGACGACGAUCCCUCUUUGCCAAACCUUGCAGCGUUUCUUGAUCAUUACGACGAUUGUCGACCAUGGAAGAAGUCACUUGUUCCUGACCCAACAUUGCCACCUCUACCAGUACAACAGAUUGAAGCUUGGGUUACUUGUAGAAAACCUCUUUUGAAAUAUUGGAAUUUGGUGGACAAAACUCCAGACGAAUGGUUGAUCUACCAAAGCAAGAAACCGUUAGAAGAAGAUGAGUGUGAUAAGGCAAAAGCGAGACUGGAAAAGUACCGAGACAUUAGGUGGCAAAGUACUAGAAACAUUAAUUGCAGUAAGACAGUCACAUGAUUGCGUAUCUGCACGCAGGUAUAGCUUGCAGUACUUUAUGUAGCUAUCGAUAUAGAUGUUUGCAUUUUAGCGACAGUUUUAGUGAUUCUCUCUUGUCUUUUUCUAGUCAGCACUAACGUUGCUGUUAUUUUAUAUGAUAUUACUCAAACCCGGUGUUAAUUAAGACUGUGACUUUUCGCCUAGGGUAGUGCAAA